CUUACCUCUACCAUUGAAUAACAAUUUUAGGAAUAAAAAAGCAAUAAGAUUCGUAACAUACAACAACUCUACAUUAGCUGAAUUCAAAAUCCCUAAAAAACUGAUGGGAAAUAACAAUUUCUUUAAUCAUUAUAUAAAGAUUUUGUUCAAAGUGAGAAAAGAAUUGUUAUCUGUCAAUGUAAUAUUUGACAACAUCUACAUUCUCAUCAUUCUUGCACACCGUCUCUACACAGCAGCCUCUGCAUAAGGAUUAGUCACUGAAUGGACACUUGGAGCUGGUGCAGAGUUAAAUAUGUUUGCAGCUGAAGCACCUUCAUCUUGUUGAAUCGAAGAGAAAACAACUUCUUUUAUUCUGGCAGCAGCAAACAUUGCAUUCUAACUCCGACCCCUAAGCACCAUUCUUUUCAGCUGAAUUCUGAAUCCGUUUAUCUUGCCACCUUUUACCCUUCUUCAUGCAGGAUUCAACACCCUCUUCAUUUGGAUUUGUAUCUUUGUUGAACACUGGAAUAUCACCAGUUGCUGCUUGAACUCCAUCGGGGAAUAAAAAACACUACAAAAACCUUUCAAAACAUACAGCAAGACCUUCGAAACUAACCACAAGACCAGUACAACAAUUAUACAGGACCACUAGAAACAGAGUGACAAUGCAAAAACUAGUUACAAAUAUGCUGUAGAACCUUCAAAAUAAACCAGAAAACUAAAAAACAAUUCUCAAGGACCUUCUAACUGAAAGACCACAUUGAACUCCACCACGAGGAUAAAAACCACUGCAAAAAAACUUUCAAAACAUAUGGCAAGACCUUCGAAAGUAAUAGUUCGACUUAAGUUGCUUUAUUUACAGUAUGCCAUUCUUUUGUUAUUCUAAAAAGUAACAGUACUAGUAGUAGCUAUAGCAAGGAAGUGUAAAAUAGAAAAACGUAACAGAUCGUAUUUUAACUGGAAAUGUCACGGAAGAAUUUUCAUUUGCUCACAGAUGGUAGUAUUUAAUUGUAUAAGUUUGAAGAAGAAAUUUCACGAGGUUUAUUAGUUGUGGGGUUGAAAGAAUUUCUUCGGUAGUUUAAGGAUUCCUUAUGCAAUUACUCGAAAAGAACCCCUCCGCGACGACGUCGUUCUUUUCACGAAGGAGGAGGAGGAGAAUAAGGAAGAGUGAAGAAGCUGCCAUAUCCAACAACAGCGGCAGCUAAAACAAUAGAGUUCAUAUUCUGAGAAUGGAGAGGGGUUGUCUAAGCUUCAGAACAGCGGCGAGGCCCGCCACUUUUAUUCACCAAAAGAAUUUAUACUCAUUAAUUCCUUCAUCUACAUCGACUAAAAACACGGUUAAGUUUCUGAAUAAUGGUAGUUAUACUCGGAGAAGAAGAAGUAAGUUACGCGUCGAAGCUACAAAGGCGGCGUUUUCUGCCUCCGGUGCUGGCGGUGGAGGAGGAACGACUAUAUCCAGCAAUUGGGAUAUCUCCAACUACAGCGCUGCACCCUCUUGGCUGCCCAGAUUUGAAGAACUCGACACCACCAAUAUGCUUCUUCGCCAGAGGAUUAUUUUCUUGGGAUCUCAGGUGUCGUUCUUCUGCUCGUAUGGUUAUUGUUUAAUUGGGUUUUAAUUGAUAUGGGCUUUGGUUUUCACAAUUGUGAUCAAAAUUUUCAAUUUGACGCGGGUGGAUUUUUGGACUAAGUUAAUGGAACUCCCAAAGUUUAGAUUUUUGGCACCCUUUUGGGAAAAUUUGUGUUCAAGAUGGUUCUUUUUGCGCUGCUUACGUUUUUAGGAAGUGGUAUUUUUUGUUUUACAAUAUUUUUUACUUAAUGUCUUCUCUUUUUUAUGCUGUUCUUUUGUUGACAUGGUGGUCUGCUCAUAUAGUCUAAUCAAUAUCAUUCCUUCCUAUUUUCCUGAUAAACAGGUUGAUGACACUACUGCAGAUUUUAUCAUAAGCCAGUUAUUGUUUCUUGAUGCUGAAGACCCGAAAAAAGAUAUUAGAUUGUUCAUCAAUUCCCCUGGUGGCUCUGUUACUGCGGGUAUGGGAAUAUAUGAUGCAAUGAAGAUGUGCAAGGCAGAUGUUUCUACCAUCUGCUUGGGGCUUGCUGCAUCCAUGGGUGCAUUCCUCUUAGCCUCAGGUACUAAAGGGAAAAGGUUUUGCAUGCCUAAUGCGAGGGUGAUGAUCCAUCAGCCCCUUGGAACUGCUGGAGGCAAAGCAACAGAAAUGAGCAUAAGGAUCAGGGAAAUGUCUUACCACAAGAUUAAACUGAAUAAAAUUCUGUCUCGUAUUACUGGAAAGCCCGAAGAGCAGAUUGAGAUAGACACAGAUCGAGAUAACUUUAUGAAUCCUUGGGAGGCAAAGGAUUAUGGUUUAAUUGAUGGCGUGAUAGAUGAUGGCAAGCCUGGAUUAGUUGCACCGAUUGUGGAUUCCAUACCUCCACCCAAAACACGAGUGUGGGAUUUAUGGAAAAUUGAAGGCACCAAGAAAGCCAAGAAAAAUCUGCCCUCAGAGGAAGCGAUUCUUCAGAAUGGCUUUGUCGGUGGUCAAACUAAUGAUGAUGGACAAGGCACGCAGAAAGAGGAAGCACCGACACCUUCAUAGGGCAUUGCAGUGCUGUAUCUCAUGUAAACUACAUUAUUCAAAUGUAGCCUUUAGAUUAAUGCUUGGGAUGGAAGGAGUUUGUACUGCACGAAAUUAUAAAGUGGUCAAAAAGAUUUUUAACUCUCAAGAUUCCAGAUUGUAAGUUGAACCUAUCAUCGAGUUCUCUCAAUGUAUGUCCAUUGUCAAACUAGAUGAGCUUCUCAUUAUUCAACUGCUCCUGUUGGGGCUUAUUUAUGAAUUUUGGUUUGUUGGUACUGGAAUUUUUACUUUGGUAAAGUAUAUUUUGGCACAAAAACCUAUCUUCAAG